AUGGAUACACCAACAAGUGAGCACCUAGUCGCAGCACACCGUGUUCUAAGAUACAUAAAGAAAGCUCCCGGUCAGGGGACAUUCUACCCCUGGAAUGGUGCAAUGCAGUUGAACGUAUUCUCCGAUUCUGAUUGGGCAUCAUGUCCGGAGACACGUAGAUCAGUGACUGGCUUUUGCAUUUUUCUUGGUACUGCUCCUAUUUCGUGGAGAACGAAGAAACAAUCUACUGUUUCUCGUUCGUCCUCCGAGGUUGAAUAUCGGGCUCUUGCCGCAACCGUCUAUGAGGUCCAGUGGAUUAUAACAUUGCUUCAUGAUUUACAGAUUGAGAUGAUUAGGCUUGCUGCCAUCUUUUGUGAUACUAAAUCGGCAAUCGCCAUCGGAGAGAAUUUGUUAAAGGAUAUAAAGCAUGUCCUAUAUGUGAAGAAGACACAUGUUAUCAACAACUUAUUCUUUGAAAAAAGACAGUCUAUGGUAAUCAGAGAUUUCUUCAUAGAUUCCACCCUUAUCGGAGAUUAA